GCCGUGUCCUCUCUCAUUACUGAACUCCGGACUAUGUCUCGCCGGUAUACCCGUGAUAUUUCUGUUAUAUCCCCUUUCCUCUUCCUCCCAUUUCCCUCUCUCGAUCGUUCCUUUUCUGUUUGAAAUAGCAGGUCUACUGGUUCUGGAAUCCGAGAUCUAGAAGCCGUUCAUUCUUUGAAACCAAGUCAGUGCUUUAUUGCACGUUCCUGUCCUUACUUCACAUCCAAUACAUUCAUUCCUUUGCUGGCGGAGAGAUAGGAAUUAUCACUCUUUACUUCAUUAUCUACCCCGGUCUUGAGACAUACAUUUGCUCUUCGAUCUUUCGUCUGCAAAACGUUCACUAUGAAGUAUCAACGUCUUGCUUCCCUGGGCCUUGCUGCCCUGAGUGUCUCGGGAUCUGUCUCUGCAAGCCCUCUCAUUCGGCACGAGGGCGAGUCCGUGUGUCCUUCAGGAUACACCCAGAGUGUCUACUAUGUGACUGUCACUGCUAGUUCUACUCCGGCUCCGACUUCAUCAGUUGAGCCAACUACAACUGUAGAGUCCUCGUCGACCGUCACGGAGACUACAGUCAUCACCCCGGAGAUUCCAGUCCAAUCUUCAACAUACACCCCGGUUGAGACUGCUGCUCCGGCUGAGACUCCUGCUCCCGUGGAGACCAGCGCUCCUGUCGAGCUUACCACUUCAUCAUCUACCACCGAGACACCCGUGGUGGCUCCAACUGCUGCUACACCCUCCACCACCGUUGAUGCCCAGCCUACAGAAGUAGUCGCCCAGCCUUCUACUCCAUCCUCUUCCACCGAAGAGCCAGCAGAAACCCCAAUUGUUGCUAAGACACCUUCUACCACUGCUGAUGUCCAACCCACAACCGCGGCUGCUGCUCCCACAACCAAACAGCUCAAGCAAUCAACCACCAGCACAGCUGCCCCAGCAGCUUCCACUACCUCUUCAUCCACCGGCUCGUCUUCCGGUAGCAGCAGCGCAUCUAACUCCGGUGAAGCCACCUUCUACGGUGGCAAUCUUUCCGGCGGAGCUUGCUCCUUCUCAGGCUACACACUCCCAUCCACCCUCUUCGGGACAGCCCUCGGUUCCCCACGCUGGGACAACGCCGCCGAAUGCGGUGCCUGCGUCGCCGUAACAGGGCCUAACGGAAACACUAUCAAGGCAAUGGUCGUCGACAAAUGCCCCGAAUGCGACUCCAACCACCUCGAUCUCUUCCAAUCCGCCUUCACCGAGCUAGCCGACAUCUCCAAGGGCGUCAUCGACAUCACCUGGGACUACGUCUCCUGCGAUAUCGACACACCCCUAAAACUGAAGAAUAAGGAAGGUACCUCCGCAUACUGGUUUUCGAUGCAGGUUGUCAAUGCCAAUGAGGCCGUUACCUCGUUGGAGGUUAGUACCGACGGUGGAAGUACCUGGCAGAGCACUACUCGCUCAGACUAUAACUAUUUCGAGAAUAGUUCGGGAUUCGGGACUGAGACGGUUGAUGUAAGGGUUACUGGGAAGAGCGGGAAGGUUGUGACGGUUACGGAUGUGAGUGUUUCUUCGGGAGUUGAGGUUACUGCUGGGGGAAAUGUUUAGGGUAGAUGGAUCUAUGUAGCAGUUCGGUAUUUAGUUAUUUUGUGUGUAUGU